GUAACGAUCCCCCCGAUGGUGGAGUCAAAUCUUCAAACGCGAAUUGCGGGUGAACGGGACGUCGGAAGUGGGUAUUUGGGAUCAGGUGUCCUAGACAACGGCGUUACCAUGGAUUUGUUCCCCCGCAUUCUCCAUCUCGAAGUAGUACUCGUGUAAGUGUUCAAUCCACCAAACGCGUGGAUCGCCUGUAAGAAGCAAAUUAUUCUCAACCACCUAUAUCAACACUGUCCAUCGGCAAACGAUUUUUGUAAUGCCCUACAGUGGCAUACCAGUCACAUUCGCAAGUUUUUAGAUAGAAGGCUCUGGAUAAAUAAUUGACUACAAAAAUAAACAUCAAUUUCAUGAUGGAUAAUCGUAUCUUUAUCUUCAUUCUUCUACUUAUCGGCAUUGCAGAACUGCUACCCGGCGACGAUGACGACCUCUUGCCAACGUUCCCCUCGAUAGCGACCACUUCCACAAUUGCGCCGCCGAAGAGGUGCGAAGGGGAGCUAGCGAUUAAAAGAUGCCAGGACGUGCGUUCCCCUAGCGACGAUCCCAAUUGGAAGUGGCACCGGCGUAAUAAAUACGUCGUACAGGGAACUCUAGAAGCGGCCUGUGAUCCAGCCGAUUACGUAUUCAACUGGACUCUAAUUAAUGCGGAUAAAAAUAUGCCCAGAAAGAGGCGAGUACGGGCACUUCCCCAGUUUUGGAAUAGGUCGCUUGUUAUUAUCAAUCCAUUCGAGAUAGACGUCGGGACGUAUCACGUUAAGCUUGAAGUUAAGCAGCUAAGUACCAACCAAGACAGAUACGCUUAUUGUUUGGUUACCAUUGUUUCGUGCCCACCACGUGCAAUUAUUGACCUAAUGUACUACAAAGACUUUAGGAGACUAGAACAGAAGCAACGAGUUAGAGCCGAUAUGUCGAUCAAUUUCGAUAAUCCACCUGGGUAUGAACAUAGUGGUCUAUCAUUUGAUUGGACUUGCGAAGACUUUGAAGAUAACAAGGAUAAGGAUAUAAUAUGUAUAUGUUGUCUUAAAAAUAACGCUCACCAAACUACUGCGACACUUUAUUUAUACACAUACACCUUCCCCAAGAGGUACUAUGUAAUGAAUGUUGGAGCAAAGGCGAUGUAUACUCUCACCGUUACCACCAGCGGUGGUGGUCAAAGCUUUCUACCUUUCAUCGUAUCCUUACCAUCAUCUCUAACUGAUACUGAUAGGUUUAUAAAAUGUGUAAAGAAUUGUUUCGGAGUAAGUAACUGUCAGGAGUCGAUAAUAUUGAAGAGUUACGGCAAUGUGCCGAAUUUAUUUUAUGGAUGGCAUACUGAUAAAGAGGGAGAAUUCGAAGGCCUGACGGCGGCCUUAAAACGGGCUAAUCGGCGUAUUCACUCAAUAACGGGCACGGUGCUCAUAGACUAUAUGGAGGAGGUAAAGUUGGAGAUUCCGGCCCACACAUUCAAACCCGGUACCGAGUUGGUAAUAUGGACGGAAUGGAACGGUAUGUUUAAUUGUAAAGUGGUAUGGUUAUUCCGUCAGUACGGCGAAUCGAACGUGGUGGUUGGGGAAAGGGGGAGUGUAAACGCCCCCAGUACAUUGUUAAAGUCGUCGCAAUCUUCUAUGGUGAUAGCAUUGAAUUUAUAA